AUGGACAUGGACGCCGACGUUGUUAUGGAGGACGUUGACGACAAGAAGCCCAUUCUGAAAAAGCCCGUCGACUCCACCAAUCCCCAGACCGCAGAACUCACGCCGCAGACGGUGGGCCAGUUGGACCAAUGGAUCGAGCGGUUGGGCAAGUGCGAGCCCCUUAGCGAAAACGAGGUGAAGCAGUUGUGUGACAUGGCCGUUGACGUGUUGCAAUUCGAAGAAAACGUCCAGCCAGUGCUGGUGCCGGUGACGAUUUGUGGUGACGUUCACGGCCAGUUCCACGACCUCAUCGAGCUUUUCAAAAUUGGUGGCCCUUGUCCCGACACCAACUACUUGUUCAUGGGUGACUACGUCGACCGGGGUUACUACUCGGUGGAGACGGUGUCGUACCUUGUGUGCAUGAAGGUGCGGUACCCGGGGCGGAUCACCAUCCUCAGAGGCAACCACGAGUCGCGACAAAUCACUCAGGUGUACGGUUUCUACGACGAGUGCUUGCGAAAGUACGGGUCGGCGACGGUGUGGAAGUUGUUCACCGACCUCUUUGACUACUUCCCGAUCACGGCGUUGGUGGACAAUAAGAUCUUCUGUUUGCAUGGUGGGUUGCUGCCAAUGGUGGAGACCAUCGACCAGGUGCGCGAGCUUAAUCGUAUCCAAGAAGUGCCCCACGAAGGGCCGAUGUGCGAUUUGUUGUGGUCGGAUCCUGACGACCGUGGCGGGUGGGGGAUAUCGCCCAGAGGUGCCGGUUUCACGUUUGGCCAAGAUAUCUCCGAGCAAUUCAACCACACCAACGACUUGUCGCUCAUUGCCCGCGCCCACCAGUUGGUGAUGGAAGGGUUUUCGUGGUCGCAUCAAGAGGCGGUGGUGACGAUCUUCUCCGCCCCCAACUACUGCUACCGUUGCGGUAACCAGGCCGCCAUCAUGGAGGUCGACGAACAGCACAACAGACAGUUCUUGCAGUACGACCCCAGUGUGCGCCCGGGCGAGCCCACCGUCACUAGGAAAACCCCGGACUACUUUUUGUAA